AUGCUCGCCUUACCCUUAUCUCUAACCUCAUUUUCUGCUCUCUCCCAGCUGCUUGGCAGACCACAAUGGCUGACUGUCUCAGGCAGGUCCCAGACCUACGUGAAGAAGGUGAUGGCAGCUGUGGAAGCCAGAGGGGGUGCUUUCCGCACCAACACGGAAGUGACUGGGGUGCAGAGCCUGGGCGAGGAAGGUGUGGAAGUGCGUCUUAGGGACGGCACAUCAGAGCGCUAUGACAGUACAUGGGGAUGCCGUGCUGCCGCUGCUGCUGAGGAGAGAAGCAAUCUCCAGCCUAAAUCACCCCUCCUCUCUCCCUUGCACUGCGCUCUUCCUCUUCCCAGGCGUGGAAGUGUGGACGUGCGUCUAGAGGACGGAACAUCAGAGCGCUACGACCGGGUGGUGCUUGCAGUGCAUGGCGACGCUGUGCUGCCACUGCUGGGGGAAGGAACCACGGCUGAGGAGCGGAGGGUAUUCUCAGCUUUCAGAUACGCCACCAGACGCCAAUGUGAUGAUGCCUCCUUAGUAUCGUCUCUUGAGACGUCUCAGAAGGCAGUGUGUGAUGAUGCCAAUGCUGCCACUGUUGGGCCCCCUCCCGACUCCGUCACCCAUCCCUUCCACGCAACACCAUCUUCCUGCAUUGCAACAAGUCCCUCAUGCCUGCCCACUAGCGGGGCUGCCUGGAGCGCGUGGAACUUCAUAGUAACGAUGCCCAUCCCUUUCAACCCUUACCCACCCCUUUCAAUCCUCAUCAACACCAUCUUCCUGCAUUGCAACAAGCCCCUCAUGCCCACUAGAGGGGCUGCCUGGAGCGCGUGGAAAUUCAGCACCAUCUUCUUGCAUCGCGACAAGUCCCUCAUGCCCACUAGAAGGGCUGCCUGGAGUGCAUGGAACUUCAGAGGAGUGGAUGCCAAGGGAGGGGUGUGCGUCACAUACUGGCUCAACACGCUGCAGAAUCUAGGGGACACAGGAGAACCGAUUAUGGUGACGCUCAACCCUCCGUCUGGGAUAAAGGGCACGGUGCACCACCAGUGGGUCACCUCCCACCCGCUCCCCACCACUGCUGCCACGGCUGCUGCUCGACUGCUCCCCACCGUGCAAGGGAGGAGGGGGAUCUACUUUUGUGGGGCAUAUCUCGGAUAUGGCUUCCAUGAAGAUGGGUUCAAGGCUGGCUUAACUGCAGCAAACUCCCUCCUUGGCGCCAGCAGCAGCCCAGCCCUGCAGCUGCAGCGCAACACACCACAGAUGCUCCUCCCGCUGCACUAUCAGGCCGCCAAGACCGCAGUGCUCUCCUUCCUGCGCUCCUUCAUUCACCUCGGCUCCGUGCAGCUGUUGGAGCGAGGAGGCACGGUGUACCGGUUUGGGAGACAAGGACCCAAGCUGGACUGUCAGAUGACCGUGCACUCGCCCGCCUUCUUCACCCUUCAUCAUCCCCCUUCACCCCUCUUCAUGCUCCUUCAUACCCCCUUCACCCUUCUACAACCUCUCCAUCUGCCCCCAGGCUGUUGGAGCGAGGAGGCACGGUGUACCGCCUUCUCACCUGUACUGUACCGGCCUGUUUACCUGCAACCCGUUCCCUCACCCUGGUAUCUGCAGGUGGCGACACGUGCAGACCUGGGAUUGGCCGAUGCCUUUGUGGAUGGAGACAUCUCCUUCCCCCAGGGCUCCAGGGGGCUGCUCAAGUUCCUCGAGAUCGUGAUUGCCAAUCGGGAUCGCAACAACCAACCCGGCCAGCGACCCGCAAAGAAGAAGGGGUGGUGGCGGCCUGCGCUGCUGACAGCAGUGGUGGGGUCGGCAGCUCUGUACGCGAGACACGUGCUACGAUUCAACAACCUCACCAACGCACGUCGUAACAUCUCCAACCACUACGACCUGAGCAACGGCAUGUUCCAAACCUUCCUUGACGAGACCAUGACCUACUCCUGCGCCAUCUUCCAGCGACCAGAGGAGCCUCUAGUGGACGCGCAGCUGCGCAAGCUCAGGCGCCUCAUUGCCAAGACUCAUCUCACCACGUCCUCGAGAUCAGGCGCGCAUAGACUCGACCCUCCACGUGUUGGAGAUUGGGUUUGGGUGGGGCAGCUUGGCUCACAACCCUUCCUCACCCCUUCCGUUGCAUAUCAUGCAUGUCCCAUGCAUUCAUAUAUUCCAUCCCCCCAGGCGCGCAUAGACUCGACUCAUCACGUGUUGGAGAUCGGGUUCGGGUGGGGCAGCUUGGCUCUGGAGACGGUCAGCCUGACGGGGUGUCGCUACACGGGCAUCACGCUCUCCUCUCAGCAGCUGCAGCUGGCAACUGAGAGAGUGAAGGCAGCAGGGCUGCAGGAUCGAAUCAACUUCAUGCUCUGUGACUAUCGCAACCUGCCAGGGACUGGCAAGUUCGACCGUAUCCUCUCAUGUGAGAUGCUAGAGGCGGUGGGCCACGAGUAUCUGGGCGACUUCUUCCACCACUGUGACCGCUUGCUCGCAAUGGACGGGCUGCUCGUUGUUCAGGUGAUCACCACACCAGAGAGUCGCUACGAGGAGUACCGCCUAUCCUCUGACUUCAUCAAGGAGUACAUCUUCCCCGGCUGCUGCGUGCCCUCCCUCUCUGCUCUCACUAACGCCAUGGCCAAGAGCUCCGCCUUCAGUGUGGAGGAGCUGGAGAACAUUGGGCCGCACUAUGCCACAACGCUCAUGAGAUGGCACGACAACUUCAUGGCCCACCGACAUGAGAUCAUGGAGAUGGGGUUCGGUCCCAAGUUCAUCCGCACGUGGCAGUACUACUUCGUCUACUGUGCUGUGGGCUUCCAAACUCGCACACUCGGGGAUAUUCAGGUGGUGUUCUCCCGCCCAGGCAAUGCAACACUGGAUCUGGUACCCUACACCAAGACAGAGUGA